UUCACGCUGUGUAAUAUCCGCCUGAGUUUUCUCUACUUUGUUCUUUUUCUGUUUCAAAACGCUCCGGAGGAAUUACCAGAGGACAGGGGAAGACAGUCAGUGGAAGCAGACACCGUGAGAGGAAUGGAAAUAGACAUUUUCUGAAAACUAUCUAUUUUUUCAUCUGCAAAGAGGAAUCUGCAAGGUCUUGUUUAAUCAGAGUUUGUUGAACCAAUAACCUGUAAAGAUACAUCAAGAUCUGUUCAUCUGCAGUUGAGAAUGGCUUCUAUAGAUCCGUAUUCUCACAUAAUAGUUGAACAUCAAGUUUCCCACAGAUUAACUGUGUCCGUGCUAAGAGCUGAAAAAGUAACAAAGGGAACUUUUGGAGAUCUACUUGACACUCCUGACCCUUAUGUCGAAUUGUUCAUUGCCACGGCGCCAGAGGGCCGCAAACGGACCAAGUACCUUAACAACAUUGUCAACCCAGAAUGGAAUGAGACAUUUGAAUUUCUUCUUGACCCAAAUGAGAAGAAUAUUAUGGAGAUAACUUUAAUGGAUGCAAAUUAUGUGAUGGAUGAAACCUUGGGCAGUACCUCAUUCAAUAUUGGAGAGAACAUCAAAGUAGGAGAAAAGAAGGAGUUUUCAUUCAUCUUCAAUAAUGUGACUACCGUUUUUUUGGACAUGUAUUUAGAAGUUUGUUCUUCAGCUGAUCUGAGAUUCAGUAUGGCACUGUGCGAUGAGGAGAAGUCGUUCAGGCAGUCCAGAAGAGAAAAAGCCAUGCAAGGAAUUAAGAAGCUCUUAGGACCAACACAUUCUAUGAAUGCACCACAAUCAAUACGGGAGGUGCCAACAAUAGCUAUUCUGGGUUCUGGAGGAGGCUUUAGAGCGAUGGUUGGGUUUGCUGGUGUUAUUAAAGCUUUGAUGGAAUCUGGAGUUUUUGAUUGUGCAACCUAUAUUGCGGGACUCUCUGGUUCCACUUGGUACAUGUCAACAUUGUAUUCUCACCCUGACUUCCCAAAAAAAGGACCUGGUGAAAUCAACAAAGAGCUGAUGGAAAGUGUCAGUUAUAGUCCAAUGUAUCUGCUGACCCCUUUGAGGAUCAGACGUUACAUUGAGGCACUGUGGAAGAAGAAGAGGUCAGGGCAACCUGUCACCUUUACUGAUGUGUUUGGGAUGCUCAUUGGCGAAACGCUAAUUCAAGAUAGAAUGAACUCUAAAAUGAGUGAGAUGAAAGAUAAAAUAAAUGAUGGUUUUUGUCCCAUGCCCUUGUUCACCUGUCUUCAUGUAAAACCAGAUGUGUCUGAACUCAUGUUUGCAGAUUGGGUGGAGUUCAGUCCAUACGAGAUUGGAAUGGCAAAGUAUGGGACGUUCAUGCACCCUGCCAUCUUUGGCAGCAAAUUCUUCAUGGGAACAGUGGUGAAGAAAUAUGAAGAGAAUCCACUUCAUUUCUUAAUGGGUGUUUGGGGCAGUGCUUUUUCAAUAUUAUUCAACCGAGUACUUGGAGUUACCAGUUCCAACAAUCAAAGCUCUACCACAAUGGAAGAAGAGCUCGCACAAAUUCAAGCCAAGCACUUAAUUGGAAAUGACAGCUCUGACAGUGAUGAUGAAUCCCACCCCAAAGAGGACAGAAUCGGCAGUGAAGCAGCUGAUAUGGAAGAGGAAAUCCAGAGAAAUAACCAGGACAGCUGGGUACAGAGGAUGUUAAAGACUCUGUUCAGUGACACUGCACUCUUCAACACUCGAGAAGGCCGUGCAGGCAAGGUGCAUAAUUUCAUGCUGGGUCUCAACCUGAACACGUCAUAUCCACUCUCGCCUCUCUGUGACUUUGUAACACAAGAGGAAGAGGAUGAAGAAGUUGUCACAGACCCAGAUGAAUUUGAAAGGAUUUAUGAACCACUUGAUGUGAAAAGUAAGAAAAUUCAUGUGGUGGACAGUGGACUCACUUUCAACCUCCCCUACCCGUUAAUACUGAGGCCCCAACGUGCAAUUGAUCUCAUCAUCUCCUUCGAUUUUUCUGCCAGGCCAAGUGACUCCAGUCCACCUUUUAAGGAGCUCCUGCUUGCAGAGAAAUGGGCAAGAAUGAACAAGCUGCCGUUUCCUAAGAUUGACACCAAGGUUUUUGACCGAGAAGGAUUAAAAGAGUGUUACAUCUUCAAGCCUAAAAACCCAAUGAUAGAGAAAGACUGUCCAACCAUCAUCCACUUUGUACUGGCAAACAUCAAUUUUAGGCAUUAUAAGGCACCAGGUGUGAAACGAGAGAGUGAGAAAGAAAUGGAGAAUGUGGACUUCGACAUCUUUGAUGAUGCUGAUUCCCCAUAUUCUACUUUCAACUUCCAGUAUUCCAAUAAGGCAUUUACACUGCUUCAUGACUUAAUGGAGUUCAACACACUUAAUAAUAUUGAGUUGAUUAAAGAUGCCAUCAUCGAGAGCAUUAAGUACCGGCGACAGAACCCAUCUCGCUGCUCUGUAUCCCUCAGUGAUGUGGAAUACAGAAGACUGAAAAAGUCACUUAGCUUUGAUGGGCUGCAGUCCAGAAGGAAGCGACAUGCUGCUGAGGAACAACAUAAACCAAUGUAGCAACAACUACCUUCUGCAGCAUUACCACAGGAGGAGAAUGGCAUUUCCAGAUACUGGCAGUCAAAUCUUAUCUACCCAAGCUGUCAAUAUUCACUCCUUGGCGUGGACUACACUUUGGAUCUUACGUAAUAUUCUGACUGCAAACAGCAUAUCCAAAUAAUAACAAAACGAAAGAGCAGAAUCCUACUUAAAAACAACAGUGAUGGUAAUAACAUGAUGGACAAGCUGUGAAAGAUAGAGUACACAAACUGAAGAUUCUAUUGUCGUGAUUAAAACCCAUUUCCUUUUCACUUAUUUUUUUCUUUGUUUUCCUAGCCAUCUAUGGAAGGGGUGUCAUACCUUGGCUCUCAACUAAUGCUGGUCUGAAUUGAUAAAAGUGGACUAAGCAGAACAUGGUGAUGAUAAUAUUGCUGGUUCCUUCUCUUCCCAGUCCACUUUAUACCUUAAGCUCCAACAAUUAAAUGCCUGUGAUCAGGAAGUCAGAAAUAGUUACAAUUAUAAAUUAAAUCUUGUGAUAUGUUGCACAUUGCUGAGGAAUUGAAUUUAAAGUUUAACAUUCAAAACAUGUUUCUUUUUGGGAUCUGUAACUCAAAAGUCUGAAUAAUAACAGUCCUUUUGCAUUCUGAUUUUACUUAAAAAUAGUAGUGUCAUCAAUAAGUCUGGUACAACCUCAGAUAUCACACCUGAUCUUUCACGCCUUAAGGACAGAGAUACUGUUUGCAAACGCAAGACUUGCUGGUUAUACACUGAGAAUGUCUCAUUAGCAUGUCUUCAUUCAGAUCUUUCAUUAAUACAUCUGGCUCAUGGAUAAAUGGAUUCUGUCAUUACUAAGACAGAUACCCAAAGCAGUUUCUGAUCCCUACUAUGUGUUAAAUUGACUGGCCUCAUUUGGGGUAGUACUGAAACACUCAAAUUGAAUUCAGUGUUCCCUGACACCAAUUAAAAGAGAUGAUGGUUCCCUAUGUCACAUCUGGAUCAGAUUUACUGCAAGUAUCCAGCAUGCUCCAUUAUCACUUCUUUUCCACAUUACCAGUAAAUGCGUUGGUUUGGUUCCAACAUUCCACUUCACAUUUGUGACAUCGCAUGAAGUCAGUUGAAUGCUACCCUGCCCCAACAAAGCACCAUAAGUUAACUUUGCUUUUGUAUUAUAUGUAUCAUUUCUUGAUUACCCAAAGUAAAAUUGGUAAACAAAUUCUUCAGAAAAUUGUAUUUAAGGCUGAGACUUUGGAAAAUGGCCAAACAUACAACUUCCCGAUCAGGUGAAAUUAUUGUCUAUGUGGAUCUCUUUAUUUCUACAAUUUCCCUCUCCUGAGUCUUCUACUAUCAGUCCCUUCAGACUGAGCUGUGUAUUUUUACUUUGUCAGUGCUCAGGAAGCAUGGGAAUCGAUUGAAUUUGGGAACGCAUCAGUGGUUUCCUUCCUAUCACAAAGGGAAACAAUCUGUUUUGGCCAGAUAUUCCACCUAGUGGCAAUCAGCAAGAACAAGGGAAAAACUAAAUGUAGCCAAACAAGAGAGAUGUAUUCAUGGGGUUUGAGGUAUAACCAUCAGAAUCAUCAAAAUCGUAAGCUUCCUUACCAAAACACUCUGCUGCAUAAUUUGGUGGUAACCCUUGUAUAAAUGACUCUUAGGGUAAAACUAUAAUCUAUUGCCACACUUAUUUCUGAAAAUCCAAAAAAGCAAUGUUUUGAGAGCCAGUUUCUGCUUUAUAGCUAUUGGAGACAACACCAUUCUCAGUUUAUAAUCCAUUCUAAAUGACGUGACUUUUGUUAAUGUGCAUUGUAUACAUUUGGAGGAUUAAAAGCCCAAUUGCCUGUCUCUUUCUCAUCUGGUGCACCUGCCCAAAGGCCACAUCACUGAACUAUUUUCAGGUUUAUGCCAUAGUUAAAUUUAUAAGUGGGCUGUGGCUGACAAAUGGGCAGUCCCUGUAUUUACCAAUUUGGUGUGGCAGGGAAUUAGUUUGCAAUGAUCUGUCCCUUAUGUGAGGUGUGCUUGAAAAGAACUCAGAGCUGGGGAUGGAAACAGUGUCAGGGCUGGUCAGCAACUCUACCUGAUUGAACAAAAAUCUUUUUAAAGCAAUAACUUAACUUUUCCAAGUAGGCAAGCAACAAGAAAUGUUUCAUUUUAUUCCACAUAUUUCUCCAACAAAAUCGUAAUUGAACUUCUCCAACUACCAUAGGGUCUGAUCUGAAUAUUUCAAACAGUUCCUGUUUUGGGUAAGAGUUCCUGCUCCUUAAAAAGUCUGAUUUCUAAAAACGGUCCAAAAUUUUCCUUCCCCAGUAUGAUAUAGGGAGAGACUAGAGAUACAGACAGACAUAUGGCAGGUAAUGAGAGGCACUAUCAAGUAAAUGUGGCGUGAUUCUAAAGGGUUGUGGGAAAAGAGAGGCUUUGGGAAUUUUGCAUAAAAAUCUUUCAAGGUAGGAAGGCAAAUUCCAAAAUGAUAAAUGGGAUCCUUAGCUUUAUUAAUCAAAAGCAAGGCGAUUACACUUAAACUCUAAAUAACACCAAUUUGACCUUGGCUGGGUGUGCUGUAUUCAACUCUGGGCCUGCAAGAAAGCUCUGAGGAGACUUAUUUCAAUUAUAUGGAGAAACUGGGCUGCCUUCCUUAAAGCAAACAUCAUUAAGAGAAAUAAAAACAGAAGAAUCUGGAAACACUUAGCAUCUCAGGCAGGAUUUGUGGAGAGAAGCAGAGUUAACGUUUCAGGUCAAUUAAUUUUUAUCAGGACUGGGAUACAGUUCCGAUGAAAAGCCAUGACCUGAAAUGUGUCUCUGCACAAGAGCUGCCUGACUUGCUCUGUGCUUUUGGCAUCCUCAGUUUUUAUUUUAGACUAUCAGAAUCUUCAGUUAUUUUGCUUUCAGAUUAAAAAGAAAUUGAUAAAGUUCUUCAAUGUCAUGAAGGACCUUAUUAGGCAAUUAUUUAUAUUGGGUUUCACUCACUUGUAGCACAAUAAUACUGACAGCCUCUGACAUGCCAAUAAAGUUUUAUCAACUGCUCCCAGUCCUUCAUCUCUGCUACAUCAGAUGCCUCUGUUGUUCCAAAUGCAGGAAAGGUAUUUCUUUCACUUGCAUUGAUUACAAUAUAUGCUUUUAGUCUCUGAGAGAAUUCAGGCACUUUGUUAUGGGUGAGAGUGGGGCACGGUAUACUUUCACUUGUCUUAAUUCCACCAAAUGUCAGUGUAGGGAGUGGGAAUUGUAGCCACUUCUUAGUUCUUCACUAGCUGAUUGGUACUCUGCUGGUGGACUGAAUGUAUGCCCUGCAGAUCUGCUACAUUUCAUCCAAACUACCCAAACUCCUUUACGAUGGCUGCUUACCGGGAAGGAUCAUUGCUCCAUAAACUGCAUUCUGUUAUUUCCUGGGUUAGCUUAGGAAGCUGAGAAUCUUCCAUAAAGUAGUGUUAUCUUCUAUAGAAUUAAUGUUAAAAGUUGAAACUUUUUAAAGUUUCAAUUAUGGAACACUUGCAAAGGCUAGAUGAUGUGCUACUUUGAAGAGGUGAUUGCAAAAGUUCAAAUACAUGUAAUUUCCACUAUAUUCUUCAGUGGUGAUUGCGUAUGGCGCAUUAUGAUUGGAGCACACAAGACCAGAACACACUCACUCUAACACAGACCUUUUGAAAGGAUGAUAAAUAAAUCAUCCUGUAUUUAUAUAACAGUUAUGAUUUUUAUGUUUUAUUUCUUAAUUGAAUGUUGAUUCUGCUUUGAUUAAUAAUAAAAAUGAAUUGAUCAGAUCAAAUGUGAUAAAAAAAUCAGGGCAAAAUUGCACCUGAAGAUCAAUACUCUUCCAACUAGCUGAAAACGCUAACUCUUGGGUAAAAACAUAUUUGAAGACCAAUGCCCAGUAUUCUGUACAAUAAAACGAUGCUUUGAGUGUUACAUGUGAAAGGUAAAGGCAAUACCUAACCACUGCUGAGUUUCAUCUACAAACCAGAACAACCCAAUAUAUCAUCCCCAGCCUGUGCUGAUUGGAUUAAGUUUAACUAUCGCAGUGGUAGGCUGGGCAGCUUCAAGUGACCCUCAUUUACCUUGGUUAGGAAAGGGAGUUUUGCUUCGUGUUCCUGAGUGUAUCCAGCAAAUCCUGCUGGAAAAUGCAUGCAAAUGUGAAUGUUAGUUCUAAUACUUUCUGCAAUUCAAUAGUUUGCCACCUUUCAGUAUCAAGGCUGAUGAUGAAAAACUCGGUGAGAUGCCAUGAGGGCAGCAAACAACCAUCAAUUCAUCCAGCAUCAAUCAGCACCUUUAAACGAAGUGGACCUGUUAAAGAAGUGGGGAAGAGGGAAAAACAGAAAAACACGUAUAAAUGUUUGUGCUAUAUAUUUGUAAACCUAUUUAAUUUAAUCUCAUAAAUAGAUUCUAAAAAUAUUUGAGAAUUCCAAACAUAUUGAUAAACAUAGCUGGAAUAUUAUUUUAGUCAUAUGGUAUGUUAGGUUUUAACAAGUUAUAUGAAUAAAUAUGUGUCAUUUUGUAAUUGCUAUGUACUUAAAGAAUAAAUGGUGUUGCUAUGGGAAAUUCUUUAUAUUUAACAAUUUUUAAAAACAUUCCAUGUGGUUAUUUAAAUAAAUGAUUAAAUAAAUGCAUGUGCUUGCUUUGAUUUAUAUUUUUAGAAGUGUUCUGUCAUAAUUUCAUCUGGUAACAUGAUGGCUUGCAUGUUUAAACAGGUAAUUAUUCACUUAUUGAAACAUUAUCUUUGCUGAUAUGUACCCAUUUUUGUAACUCACUCAGCCUCCACCCUUUCCUUGAGCAUUGA